AUGCAGGAAUAUGAUAUCAUUGUCCUCGGAACUGGACUCAAGGAAUGUAUCCUGUCUGGUUUAAUGUCUCAAAGUGGGAAAAAGGUUCUUCACAUUGACAAGAAUCCCUACUAUGGAGGAGAGAGUGCAUCCAUCUCUCCCCUUGAGCAGCUGUACAAGAAGUUUAAGGUUCCAGGUCCUGCUAAGACCAUGGGUCGGGGAAAAGAGUGGAACAUUGACCUUAUCCCCAAAUUCUUUAUGGCCAACGGUGAGCUGGUGAAGAUCUUGGUGCACACUGAGGUUACUCGGUAUCUGGACUUCAAAGUCGUUGAAGGCAGUUACGUAUACAAAGCAGGCAAAGUGCACAAAGUCCCUGGCACAGAGGAAGAAGCCCAGGCUUCAGAUCUGAUGGGCAUGUUUGACAAGAGGAGGUUCAGGAAGCUGCUGCUGUUUGCCCUGAACUUUGACGUGAGAAACCCUCGGACCUAUCAGGACAUGGAUCCGAACAAAACCACCACGCGGGACCUGUUCUGCCGCUUUGACCUGGGACUAGAUGUCAUGGAGUUCACAGGUCACGCCAUAGCCUUACACAGCAGUGACAGUUACCUGGACCAGCCGUGUUUGGAAACAAUCAGACGGAUCAAGCUGUACUCUGAGUCUCUGUCCCGCCACAACCCCAGUCCAUAUAUCUACCCUGUUUAUGGGCUCGGAGAACUUCCACAGGGAUUUGCCAGGCUGAGUGCAGAGUACGGAGGAACCUUCCUGUUGAACAGAGCAGUGGAUGAGAUUGUGAUGGAUAAUGGCAAAGUGAAGGCCGUGAAAUCUGAAGGGAAGCUGUUCCACUGUAAACAACUCAUCUGCGACCCCAGCUACGUUCCCAAUCGCGUGAGAAAAGUGGGGCGUGUGAUAAGAGUCAUCUGUUUAUUAAAUCAUCCAGUUAAACACACCCAUGAUGCCAACUCCUGUCAAAUCAUCCUCCCUCAAGCACAAUUCAACAGGAAAUCAGACAUUUACAUAACUGUAGUGUCCUAUGCCCACAAUGUGGCCUCAGACGGGGUGUACAUCGCCACAGUGAGCACGACUGUAGAAACCAGCAACCCGGAGAAAGAAGUUCAACCGGGGCUGGAGCUUCUGGAGCCCAUCAUGCAAAAAUUUGUUUCAGUCCACAACCUGCUGGUUCCCAAUGAAGACGGAAAAAGGAGUCAGAUCUUUGUGUCCCGCUCGUAUGACUCAACAAACCACUUUGAGAUCGAGUGUGAGGACAUCAAAGAUAUGUACCGCCGGAUCACAGGAGCAGAGCUCCGCUUUGGAGGAUCACAGAGACACCAGUCUCACAACUCUGAUGAUGACUGAGGCGGACUUACCCAACAGCUGGGAGGUCAUAAUGACAUCAUGGAUGAUUUUACUGCACAGCUGUAAACCAGAGAGUGAUA